GCGAUUCGCUUCUUCCUCGGCCUGCUCGGCCUUUCUUGCGGCUUGCGGUCGAGUUUUCCUGCUACCUUCGCUAAGAAGCGUGCUGGUACCGCUGGGGCCCUCUCAGGCCCUGUUUCUCCGUCUCGUCUACUACCAGGGCUAGGGAAGACACAUUCCCUGCGCCCUCCUGUCCCAGCCCGUGGCGCCGGAGACAUCUCCUUGGGCUAGCAGGGAGGGAGAGACUGGGGACACGUGGUCAAAAUGCCAUGUAAUAAGAAGACUGCUGGAAAAAGAGCACCUACAAAAAGGAAGCUUGCUGAAGUGUUUGCUUUGGGGGAGGUUCUAGCAGAUACAUCCAGAAAAGAAUGGAAAUUAGGUGUCCCUAUAGGGCAAGGAGGCUUUGGACGCCUAUACCUUGCUGAUGUUAAUUCUUCAAAGUCAGUUGGCAGUGAUGCGGCUUAUGUUGCAAAAGUGGAGCCCAGCCAGAAUGGACCUCUUUUUACUGAGUUAAAGUUCUACAUGCGAGCUGCUAAGCCAGAUGAAAUUCAGAAGUGGACUAAAUCCCAUAAGCUAAAAUAUUUAGGUGUACCAAGAUACUGGGGCUCUGGCCUGCAUGAAAAAAAUGGAAACAGUUAUCGAUUUAUGAUAAUGGAUCGAUUUGGCAGAGAUCUUCAGAAGAUGUAUGAAGAAAAUGCAAAGCGAUUUCCCCAUAAAACUGUACUGCAAUUAGGCUUAAGAAUACUUGAUAUUCUGGAAUACGUCCAUGAGCAUGAAUACGUGCAUGGAGACAUAAAGGCCUCAAACCUUCUUCUGAGUUACAAAAACCCUAAUCAGGUAUACUUGGUGGAUUAUGGACUUGCCUACCGAUACUGUCCUGAAGGAGUCCACAAAGUAUAUAAAGAAGAUCCUAAAAGGUGUCAUGAUGGAACUAUUGAAUAUACCAGUAUUGAUGCACACAAGGGUGUGGCACCAUCAAGACGUGGUGAUCUGGAGAUCUUGGGUUACUGCAUGAUUCAUUGGCUUAGUGGCUACCUACCAUGGGAGGAUAAUUUGAAAGACCCAAAUUUUGUCAGAGACUCAAAAAUCAGAUGUAGAGAAAAUAUUUCAUUUUUGAUGGACAAAUGCUUUCCUGCGAAAAAUAAACCAGAUGAAAUAGUCAAAUACAUGGAAAAGGUGAAGCUACUGAGCUAUGAAGAGAAACCUGUUUAUCAGCAUUUCCGAGAAAUACUUCUGCAAGGUCUGAAGGCCAUUGGGCAAAAAGAUGAUGGAAUACUUGACUUCGGCUUGUCAGAGAACGGAGACUGGCAAACAAAACCCGUGCAAAAGAAAAGAAGAAAGGCAGCAGCUGCCGACAAUGAGAGCACUGAAGAAGAAAUGGAAGAUACAGCAAGUCCAGAGAAGAAGAAACCUUCUUCUUCUAAUGCAGUAGCUACUAGAACGAAGAAGGUGACCUCAACAAAACCCAAGAAAAUCACAGCAACCAGAAAGAGAGUCCAGAAGUAAAUAAUAGAAGUAGCUAUUUGUCUCAUCUCUGAGGGUUUUUUUUCAGUUACUGUAGCACUGGAAUCUUUUCCUUUUCUUCUUAAAUGAUGAAUCCUGUGAAAACAUGGACUGCUGUUUGCACCUGCUUUUGAAAAAUAAAUGUUUUUUUGAAACUAUUUGCAUAAUUAAUGUAUGCUUAAAUCUGAAAUGCAAAUUUUUUCCAGUGUUGAAGGGUUUUUUUAUUCUUUAUAUACAUGAAUUCAUAUCUUUAAAACUAAAAGAAAGUGCUCUUCUCUGCUUCAUAAAGUAGAAAUAAAGCCUUCUUUAGUUUUGGUAUGGGUGCUUUAUAGGGAACAGCAGUGUUGCAUCUGAUUUCUUGUAAUUUUGAGUAAAGCCUUAUUAGAAUUCCAUCACCUAGCUCUGCACUAAGAUGAAGUCUGAAAUGAUCGAAAUGUCUUUUAAAUAUUUCUCGAGUGUUUGAAGGUGAAAAAAGAACAUAAAUGCUUCUCAUCCUUCUCUUGUAGUUUGUUAUAAAAUGCGUUUAAAGAAUUAUUUGGAGGACAGGUAGUGAAUGUUGUUUGGUUUUUUCCCCACAAUGUUUGUGUUUGUAUCACUUUUCAUUCAGAGUUUCCCUAGAAAGGAGAAUAGAGUUCCAGACAUAGUUGACUAUUAUCUUUACCCUAGGUCCUAAAAGCCAGGGCUCAUUCAUUCUCAUACCCUGUCCAUCCACCAACCUGUGCUUCCUCUUCAGGUCUUUUAUAUCAGUUAGAAGAUUACAAGUAAUUAUAAAGAAUAACUUUGUAAAGCAGUUAAUUCCAGUGACAGCUUGAUUCACACGUGCUUCUCAUCUCAAAACAGUGGUUAACUUUUUUUAUAGUUAAGGAAUAUAUAACCUUUCUUAAAUGUACUUCCUUGCUUGGCAUUGAGUCUUCAGCUGUCAAUCAAAAAAUGCAGUGUUUAAUUGUGGUAUGAAAUACCAUUACUUUCCAUUUAGGUACUGCAAAAAUACAUAGAGUUUGGUCUUGCACAUCAUAAUGAAAAGGAAUCCUUAUGAGCCAAUGGGUAGUGUGUUUGUGUGGAUGUCCAAUACACUGCUUGCUUGGUUGCGUAAUGUCUGAGUAGCUAUUCACAGAACUAAGUAUGUUGUAGUGUAAAAUGUUGAAUGAAUGGUGAGGUUAUGUUCGGAAAUGAGGAAAUGCUUUGUUUUGAAAUAAAACUGGAAUAACAUUUUUAAAAA